AUGUCGGGAGAGGUACAGUGUAUUCACAAUCACUCAGCUCAUAGUCUGAUAAUUGCAGGUGCUGGUGGUGCUGCUCACUUUGCAGGUGUGGUUGCUUCACUCACUCCUUUGCCUGUGGUUGCUGUUCCUGUAAGUGAUACUCGGCUGGAUGGUGUGGUUGCUUCACUCACUCCUUUGCCUGUGGUUGCUGUUCCUAUGCCUAAAGGUGUUCCUGUAGCAACAAUUGCAAUAAACAACUCCACCAACGGAGCCUUGCUUGAUAUUCGGAUGCUGGGGAUCUCUGAUACUGAUCUCGUCUCAAGGUUCUUAUUUUAUCUUUUCUUACAUACAGUCAGAGUGAACAAGAAGGAAUAUAACUUGUGGGUUUCCUUUGGUUGGUCAGGAAGAGUCAGUACCAGAAAGACAUUAGAGAAGAACAUGGUUAAAAGAGAGAAACUUGAGCAACAAGGCUGGGAAUCAAAUUUGAACUAG